GCCAAAAUGCAGUACCUCUUUCAUCUCCUUCUGUUGAUGGAGAUUUACUCCAAGUCUCACAGCACCCCGUGCGAGAAAGGCUGCGACUGUCGCGAGGAACUGAAACUCGCCACUUGCACUAACGCCCUCUUAACCCAACUGCCCAACCACAUCCCUCCUUACACGGAACACCUGGACCUAUCUAUGAACCUCCUAACCUUUAUUCCGGAGAGUUCCUUCCAAAUGGAACGCAAACUGAGGGUUCUGCUCAUAAACGACAACAACAUCAGCGCUGUGGCUGAUGGGGCCUUCACCCAGCUAGAGUUCCUUCAGAAGUUGGACCUGAGUUGGAACAGGUAGUGGAGAGUCUUUCCUGGCCACUGUGCUCUUGUUGCUGUUUUUCUCUUCGAGGUCUUGGCCGGGUUACUGUAAAGCACUUUGUGACAACUGUUCAUGUCAAAAGGGCUUUAUCAAUUCAAUUUGAUGGAUGGAUGGAGAGAUUCAUUGAUUGAUUUAUUGAUUGAUUAAACAGGAUCUCGUCCCUGAGCGAGAGCUUCUCCCUGGGCCUGAAUGCUCUGAGGGAGCUGCAGCUGAGCCACAACCACCUGCACACCCUGGACAGCAGGAGCUUCAUGCACUUGGAUGGCCUACAGAGGCUCAACCUUACCGGCAACGCCAUCCAUAACAUCCAGGUGAGGUUGUUUUUACUUUUAUUGAACAACAUCUAAUAAGGUGAUACAUGACUUAUACAAUUCUAUUAUUUUCUAUUGUGUUCUAUUUUGUUUUAUUCUGUUGUGUUUUAUUUUAUUAUAUUCUAUUGUGUUCUAUUCUAUUCCGUCCAGGUGAGGUCCUUCGGCUCCAUGUCCACCUUGCGGCAGCUCCACCUGGAGGCCAACCAUCUCAUCUCCCUAAACAACGGGAUGUUCUCCAUGCUGAAGUCCCUGGAGGUCCUCAACCUGCAGGGGAACCAGAUCAACAAGACCCAAGAGGGUGUCUUCACCCCCAUGACCUCCCUGGCCCUGCUCAACCUGGCCCACAACCAGAUGAGCACCAUCUACUUCAAGACCUUCCUAAGCAUCCACACCUAUAGUACCCAUAUCCUGUUGGAAGGAAACCCCUGGAGCUGCAAUUGUGACCUACAGAGAGUGUUCCAUAAACUUAGAAGUGUUCAAAGACUGUUCUUGGAUGAUUACUAUAAUCUUAGCUGUAAUGCUCCGACAGAACUAGCGAACUACAGGUUGAUGGAUGUGGAUACGGAGCUGUGUAUCGCCGAGAUGGUUAUUGUGCUGAUUAUCACGAUCACUGUGGUGAUAACAGUGUUGGUGGCCAUCGUCAUGGCGGAGAGGAAGAGAAAGAAGAAGAAGAAGAGGGGAAAACAUUGGACGGAGCAGGGCAACUUGUCUGACUCAGAUCACUAG